AUGGCAUCUUUUCUGUUCUUAUUUCUCCUUAUCCUCAACGUUCUCCCCCAUGUGGCACGAGUGAGGGCCGCCUGCUACUACCCAGACGGCAGCAUCGCCCCCAACGAUACACCAUGCCAGGACCUCACGGCCGAGUCGACGUGCUGCGGACAGGGCUACGCGUGCCUCUCCAACGGUAUGUGCCAGGCGACGGGGAAAGAGUUGUCCAAAGACGGAGCCACAGAACUCGUGAGGGGCGCGUGUACUGACCGAUCCUGGCGGAGUUCGAGUUGUCCUCUGUUCUGCAUCAACCCGGAGACGGAUAACGUGGCGGGUGGGAUCGGGAUUGCAAAGUGUGACGGGACGGUGGAGGAGUUGUACUAUUGUAUCAACUCGGUUAUGAAUACGGUCAACUGCACCGCCAAAAAGAAUGUCUUAUUCUUCCAGCAAUCACCCACUGCCAUCACAACAGUUGGCGUGGCAGCUACACCAACUCCAUCAUCAUCGUCAAUAACAUCAUUGUUAAUAGCAACAACCGCUAUCAUCGCCUCUUCUGCAAACCCUUCAAGCGCACCAAACCCGAGCUCGGUAGCCCUAAGCAGCGCAACUCGAAGUCCACAAAGUAGCCCUACAAGUAAUCCCGAACCCAGCCCCAAUGCGGAGACGGAAGUAACAAAUGACAAGACUGUCAUAAUCGGCGCAGCUGUCGGUGCUUCCAUAGGCGGUCUUGCGCUUGGGGCACAAGUGGAACAUUAUACACCAGGGCCGCCGCAUGCCAAAUACGUCAGUCCGCCUGUGUUUGAUCAGGUUUACGAGGCGCCCAAUGAGUGGAAACCUCCGUUGGUUUCGGAUCAUUUUGCUCCUCAAGAGCUGCCGGCGUGGCAACCGGAGCCUCGGAGAAGCUGA